UUUGUGGCCCAUCCAAACUGUCAGCAACAGCUCCUGACUAUCUGGUAUGAAAACCUCUCAGGAUUACGGGAGCAGACCAUUGCUAUCAAGUGUCUGGUGGUGCUGGUGGUGGCACUGGGCCUUCCAUUUCUGGCCAUUGGUUAUUGGAUUGCACCAUGUAGCAGGCUUGGAAGAAUUCUUCGAAGCCCAUUUAUGAAAUUUGUGGCACAUGCAGCAUCCUUCAUUAUUUUCCUAGGCCUGCUGGUGUUCAAUGCUUCAGACAGAUUUGAGGGUAUAUCAACACUACCCAAUGUCACUGUUACUGAUUACCCCAAGCAGAUCUUUAGGGUGAAGACCACCCAGUUCACCUGGACAGAAAUGCUGAUCAUGGUAUGGGUACUUGGUAUGAUGUGGUCAGAAUGCAAAGAGCUGUGGCUGGAAGGACCCAGGGAGUACAUCCUGCAGCUGUGGAACGUUUUGGAUUUCGGGAUGCUGUCCAUUUUCAUCGCCGCUUUCACGGCGAGGCUUCUGGCAUUCCUGCAGGCCACAAAAGCACAACAGUAUGUGGACAACUACAUCGAGGAGAAUGACCUCUCUGAGGUCACCCUGCCUCCAGAAAUAGAGUAUUUCACUUAUGCCAGAGAUAAAUGGCUGCCAUCUGAUCCUCAGAUAAUAUCUGAAGGCCUUUAUGCCAUUGCUGUGGUCCUGAGCUUCUCUCGGAUCGCCUAUAUCCUGCCUGCAAACGAGAGCUUUGGGCCCCUGCAGAUCUCACUGGGAAGGACUGUUAAGGACAUCUUCAAGUUUAUGGUCCUCUUUAUUAUGGUGUUCCUUGCAUUCAUGAUUGGGAUGUUCAUACUGUAUUCCUACUACCUUGGAGCUAAGCUAAACCCAGCCUUUACGACAGUGGAAGAAAGUUUCAAGACCUUAUUUUGGUCCAUCUUUGGCUUGUCUGAAGUCACCUCUGUUGUCCUCAAAUACGACCACAAGUUCAUAGAGAACAUCGGUUACGUCCUUUAUGGCAUAUACAACGUGACGAUGGUGGUGGUGCUGCUCAACAUGCUCAUUGCUAUGAUCAACAGCUCCUAUCAAGAAAUUGAGGAUGACAGUGACGUGGAGUGGAAAUUUGCUCGUUCCAAACUUUGGCUGUCGUAUUUUGACGAUGGGAAAACGUUACCUCCACCCUUCAGUCUUGUACCAAGCCCCAAAUCUUUUUUCUAUUUCAUCAUGAGGAUCAUUAACUUCUCGAAGUGCAGGAGGAGAAGGCUACAGAAGGACAUUGAGAUGGGAAUGGGCAAUUCCAAAUCUAGGUUAAACCUCUUCACUCAGUCCAACUCCAGAGUUUUUGAAUCCCACAGUUUCAACAGCAUUCUCAAUCAGCCGACACGCUAUCAGCAAAUAAUGAAAAGACUGAUAAAACGUUACGUUCUGAAAGCACAAGUGGACAAAGAAAAUGAUGAAGUAAAUGAAGGUGAAUUAAAGGAAAUCAAGCAGGACAUCUCCAGCCUUCGUUACGAACUUUUGGAGGAUAAAUCCCAAGCAACAGAGGAGUUGGCAAUUCUAAUACAUAAACUCAGUGAGAAACUAAACCCUAAUAUGUUGAGAUGUGAAUGAUUCAACAAAGGAACCGUGGCUUUGACUACAGCACAACUAUUUAUUGGCAAUAAUAUUUCAGUAUCUUAUACUUGAAAAAAUGUAUUGUAGAUUUUUAGCACUAAAUAACUUUAUGUACAGCUUCUAUGGAAUUUAGUCUUAGGAAAUUUUAUUAACUCACCACAGAAGGAUUGCUCUCUUCAUUUUACUUGUCUAAAAGCAAGAACUGUCAUAACUUUUUUUUUUGUUUUUUUGCAUUUAUGCAUUCAAAAAAGGUAUAAUGGUAUCGAUUUGCUGGUAUUUUAACAGGUUUAUGAGUACAUACGGCGAAUUCUUUGCACUAAAUUUGCAAGAAAAAAAAUUAACAGAUGCAGCGUAAUACUCUGUUCCUUGCAGUGACCAGGUACAAGUAGGAAUUUUUCGUCAUACAAUAAACCAACUAGA